AUGCGUGCAGAAUGCAUGUUUCGACGUGAAGAUAUUGUGGGCGAUUUUAUACAAUUCGAUGUUUCGACUUGUGCCACCGUUCCUUUCGGACAAUGGGAGGGAGGCUCAGCAGACAAAGAGUACGGCAUCUGCACGCCGCAGUUCCGCUUCGGCAUUUCGCCGCAAUUCGCUCAGCGUCAGAACCUUACAUCAUCCGACACCAGCUCCACUCUGUUCGCUUUUCGUGAUCCAUUUCCUCCAACUCUGUCGCUACUGAUUCCAGUCAACUCAACUAUGGGUUGA